CAUGUCAUUCUGAUUUCUGACAACAAAAGAUAACAUUUAUAUAUAAAUACAAAAGCUAGGUUAUGCUUUUGUGAAAGUAUUUUUAUAAAAUAUCAAUGUUGCCUACAAAAGGAUAUUUUCAAGAUAUUGAAUGUCCAUAUUUCAAUAGUUCCUGUGGAAGACCGUACUGUCAUUUCAGACAUAGAAAAAAGCAAUCUGAAUAUGUUGAAGACCUAGUUAAGGAAUCCGAAAAAGAAUCACAAACAGUUCCUACAUACAAACCAACUCCAAAAAGUGAACUAGCCAACAUUCACAAUAAUAAAAGCCACAUACCCAUAAGUUAUGUACCUGACCUUACGUUCAGACCAGAAAGAAAGUCCAGGCCGAUUCCCAAAUUUGAGAAACCAACUUACAAACCUACCCCUUUGAGUAUUUUAUCCUCAGCUAACAAAAGAGGUAGGACAAUUUCCGAAGACAACAGUGAAAAUAUCGAAGCUAUCAAAGAAAUUAAACAAAACAUUGCUAAUGUAGAAUAUGACCCUACAAUAUCAUUACAAACAACUACUGAUAUUGAUUUCGAAGAUUUAUCUACAGAAUUCGAACUUAUUGAUGAAAUAAUAAAUUCAAGCGAUAAAGUUUCUAAAAAAGCUGAUGAUUCUGAAUUAUAUGACCCCUGUAAGAUAUCGUUGGAGGGUAACAGUGAGAAAUUGACUGAAACCAAGGCAAAAUGUUUGAAUGAUGAAAAAACCGUCAAAAACCGCCUAAAAAAAGGUGACCAAGCAAAUUCUAAAGAUAAGUCAGUAUCAGUACCUGUGAAAUCAACUGACUGUAAUUUGAAAUUUGAUGAAACAAACCCAAUAGAUGAAAGAAGCAAGGCCCAUAACAAGUUCGAAAAAUGUGAGACACCUUCGAACAGUGAUUCAAAACAUGAAUAUCUCCAACUUGCUGACAAUGAACGGAAAUCAAAGAAGGGAGAGAAACCUGAGAAGAAAGAAGAAAAACGUGAGAAGAAAAAAGAAAAACGUGAGAAGAAAGAAGAAAAAUGUGAAAGCAAAGGAGAGAAACAUGAAAAAAGAGAUAAUUCAAAAAAUCUUAGUAGUGGCAAAAGUAGUAAAGAAAAGCAAGAUAAAGGAAAUAUUAAAAAAAACACUAGUCAUCACACUAGUGAAAAAAGUAAAGAAAGAGAAAAAGAGGACAGGCACAAGAAAACUAAACGUGGACAUGAAGAGAACUCCAAAGAAAGUAACACAUCUGAUAAAAGUAAUGAAAGAGAAGACAAAACUGAUAAAAAAAAAUGCCCGAGUUCAAGUAGAGAGAAGCAAAAAACUAGUGAGGUAGAUAAAGUAAAGAGCGAAAGGAGUGAAGCCACAAGAAAAAAUAGAGAUAGUAGAAUUGAAAAUAGUUCCAAAAGUAAAGAAAAACAUAAAACUGAUAUAAAAAGUAGUGACAGAAGUGUAGAAAGACCAAAAAAUGAACAUAAGAAAACUCACUCUCACAGUACAUCAAAAGAGCAGAUUAGGAAGGAAAAAGAAUACAAAAGCAAACACCACUCCUCCAAGAAGCAAAAAGAAAGUGAAUCAAAAAAUAAGCAAAGUCAUGAUAAGUCUCCAUCAAAUUAUCAAUCCCAUAAGUAUCAAGAAGUGACUAUUCGAGAUGUAGAAUCCAAUAAGCUCGAAGAUAAUUCUGAAUUUGUUUCACUAGAUCAUAGUGGAAGUGUUUCACCUGAUUCAGAAGUAGAUGAUGACGAAACGAUGUUAGAGUGCUAUAAAAUAUUCAACGAAUAUACACCACCAAAAAAUGACAAACCUGAGAAACCUGACGAAUAUAUUCCCAUGCCUUUAAUUGAUUGUAAUAUCGAUAAUAUUGGUAAAAAACGUGUAGCUCAUGGUAAUACUGAACAAACUCAGAACUUUCAAAAAAUAUUUCCUCCAACAAAGCCAAAAGCUAUAAUUACUCCUGGACAAACCUUAGCUAACCGCUACAAGAUUGCUCAUGCAGCCCAGGCAAGAAAAGAACAAGAGUUAGUGAUGAAUGAAAUGCAGUUCUCGAGACCCUUGAAAAGACCUGCUCCUUCUUUAUUGGAAGCUGCUCGAGAGAGAAAAAUAAGAAGGGAAAGUCUCCAACAAUCACAACCCAAGUCAACUUGUUUAGUUGAUGAAAUAUUGAAAGGUACUUCAAAAACGUGUUCCCAAGUGAAAAUUGUUACUAGAAUUGCUCCCGCACAAAAUGUUUCACUGAUGGCUAAAGCAAAGGAACGAAUUUCCAAAAUAAAACAAACUGUUACAGUGAAAACUGUAGCGCAGACUCAGAAAGGUAACCGUACAGCACAUAUUCCUGAUGUUUCUCUGUCCGAUAUCCCAGAUGUACUACAAUCAGAUAAAUCUAAAUUACCAGUAAAUGUGAGGACGAGGUUUUUGACAAUGUUAGCUGAUGAAUGUGUGAAACUGUACAUAUCCAAAGAGGAAGCAUAUACUAGAGCUUUAAAUGAAGAAUACUCUUGUUACGAAAAAUGUAAAGUAUUAACUACUUAUAGAAAUUCCGCAAUGCUGGCUGUGAACCGACUAAGAAAAGAAAUUCAAGAGCGAAACAAAAAUGGUCUUGGUCUCAUUGGAUUAGACGACAAUUCAGAUAAGGAUCCUUCUUCAAGUAGUAGGAGCCGGACUUUUUACAAUAAUGUGAAGAAGUGGCUUCUAACAGAGGAAGAAUUGGAUCUUCACGGAUAUCCUCGACUCAGUGAGGAACACCACGGUAGAGCAGUUAUUAAAAAUGUUAGGAAUCCAAUACCACAAAAUUUGGAUGAAAAUCAACGAAUUUGUGCCCGAUGUCAUAAACUAUAUCAUGUAGAUGAUGAUGGAUGGCCUUUAUUCGAGGAAGAGUGCAGCUAUCAUCCUUUGAAGAAAAGAACCAUUAGAGGGGAGCAAACAUAUUUAUGUUGCCGAAGUAAUGAAAGUUCAGGUUGUGCGACUUCCGACACCCACGUGUCCGAAUCUGCGUGUUCAGCAGAACUUGAAGGUUAUCAAACAACAUUGGACCCUGAAUAUGCGGAUGACUCACGAAGUUAUGCUGUCUAUGCCUUAGAUUGCGAAAUGUGUUAUACAACUAAAGGACUAGAAUUAACCCGUGUGACCGUUGUAGACAUUGACUGUAAAACUGUUUAUGAAUCGUUAGUGAAACCACUGAAUCCCAUAAUAGACUAUAACACUAGGUUCUCUGGUAUCACUAAAGAACAAAUGGAUAAAACAAGUACUAGUAUAUUACAAAUUCAAGCGAAUAUACUACAUUUGUGUAAUUCAAAAACUAUUUUAGUUGGCCAUAGUUUGGAAUCUGACAUGAAGGCUCUUAAAAUUGUUCACAACUCUGUCAUCGACACCUCUGUAUUAUUUCCACACAAAAUGGGAUUACCUCACAAAAGAGGUUUGAAGGUUUUGGCUAGUGAGUAUCUGCGAAAAAUAAUUCAAAAUGACGUGAGUGGCCAUGACAGCGCAGAAGAUGCCAUAACUUGUAUGGAGCUUCUGAAAUGGAAACUCAAAGAUGAUUACAAAGGCAGGUCCUGAACCUUGGAUAUUCUGAAUCAAUAUUGUUUAAGCAAUUGAUUAAGAUUAAUUUAUUGUUUGACUAGUUUUCUAUUGAUGUUUUUGUUAAUUUUGUGUUGUAUAUAUUUGGUGUAAUUAUGUACUAAAUACAUUUUGGACAUACUUUGA